AUGGCGACAGCGACCCCCGUGCCGCCGCGGAGCGGCAGUCGCGCCGGCGGCCCCGCCACGCCGUUGAGCCCCACGCGGCUGUCGCGGCUUCAAGAGAAGGAGGAGCUGCGCGAGCUCAACGAUCGGCUGGCCGUGUACAUCGACAAGGUGCGCAGCCUGGAAACGGAGAACAGCGCGCUGCAGCUGCAGGUGACGGAGCGUGAGGAGGUGCGCGGCCGCGAGCUCACCGGCCUCAAGGCGCUCUACGAGACCGAGCUGGCCGACGCGCGACGCGCCCUCGACGACACGGCCCGCGAGCGCGCGAAGCUGCAGAUCGAGCUGGGCAAGUUCAAGGCCGAGCACGACCAGCUGCUCCUCAAUUAUGCUAAGAAAGAAUCUGAUCUUAAUGGAGCCCAGAUCAAACUUCGAGAAUACGAAGCAGCACUGAAUUCGAAAGAUGCCGCUUUGGCGACAGCGCUUGGUGAUAAGAAAAGUUUAGAGAGUGAUUUGGAAGAUCUGAAGGAUCAGAUCGCCCAGUUGGAAGCCUCUUUAGCUGCUGCGAAGAAACAGUUAGCAGAUGAAACUUUACUUAAAGUGGAUUUGGAGAAUCGCUGUCAGAGCCUUACUGAGGACUUGGAGUUUCGUAAAAACAUGUAUGAGGAGGAGAUUAAUGAGACCAGAAGAAAGCAUGAAACUCGCUUGGUAGAGGUGGAUUCUGGGCGUCAAAUUGAGUACGAGUACAAGCUGGCUCAAGCCCUUCAUGAGAUGAGAGAGCAACACGAUGCCCAAGUCAAGCUGUACAAAGAAGAGCUAGAGCAGACUUACCAUGCCAAACUUGAAAAUGCCAGACUGUCAUCAGAGAUGAAUACUUCUACUGUCAAUAGCGCCAGAGAAGAACUGAUGGAAAGUCGUAUGAGAAUUGAGAGCCUCUCGUCUCAGCUUUCUAAUCUACAGAAAGAGUCUAGAGCAUGUUUGGAGAGGAUUCAAGAGUUGGAGGACUUGCUUGCGAAAGAAAGAGACAACUCUCGCCGAAUGCUGUCUGACAAAGAGAGAGAGAUGGCGGAAAUACGUGAUCAGAUGCAGCAACAGUUGAACGAUUAUGAACAACUUCUUGAUGUCAAGUUAGCCCUGGACAUGGAAAUCAGUGCUUAUAGGAAACUCCUAGAAGGUGAAGAAGAGAGAUUGAAGCUCUCUCCAAGCCCUUCUUCCCGCGUGACAGUAUCACGCGCAUCCUCGAGUCGCAGCGUGCGUACCACCAGAGGAAAGCGGAAGAGAGUGGAUGUGGAAGAAUCCGAGGCCAGCAGUAGUGUCAGCAUCUCUCAUUCUGCCUCAGCCACUGGGAAUGUCUGCAUUGAAGAGAUAGAUGUUGAUGGAAAAUUUAUCCGCUUGAAGAACACUUCGGAACAGGACCAACCAAUGGGAGGCUGGGAGAUGAUCAGAAAAAUUGGAGACACAUCAGUCAGUUACAAAUAUACCUCAAGAUAUGUGCUGAAGGCAGGCCAGACUGUUACAAUCUGGGCUGCGAAUGCCGGUGUCACAGCCAGUCCUCCCACCGACCUCAUCUGGAAGAACCAGAACUCUUGGGGCACUGGCGAAGAUGUGAAGGUUAUAUUGAAAAAUUCUCAGGGAGAAGAGGUUGCUCAGAGAAGUACAGUCUUCAAAACAACCAUACCUGAAGAGGAAGAGGAGGAGGAAGAAGCAGCCGAAGUGGCUGUGGAGGAGGAACUUUUCCACCAGCAGGGAGCCCCAAGAGGUUCCAACAGAAGCUGUGCAAUUAUGUAA